AUGCGAGAACCUGGCGGUUCAGCCAGCCUUCAUCAGAAUACCGCUGCCCGGGCCUCUACGUACACGGCGGACUCGCCAAAUGGGCCGGGCGGCGGCAGCUACGUGAUGCAUGGGGCGGCUGCUGCCUACGCGCUGGCCAGCCAGCUGGGCACCAUGUCGUUCGAUAAUACCGCGGUCGCCAGCCAGUCCCAGGCGGGAAUGCCCAGCAAUAUAAUUCAACCCCAGUACUAUCAUUACCUCAACCAACCACCACAACAGCUCCAGCAUGGAUGUAACCAAACUGGUCUUGUUUUUCAGGUGAGACGGUCUGGUGGUGGGUCACAGGGCAGAUAUGACCUUCAAGACAAACAACUCUCUCAUAUCACAUUUAUAGUGGGAAUCUUGAUUGGGCAAACUUGUGCUUGCCUUUACAAUCGACGAUAUUACUUAUAUCCAUGUAGAUUAUGUUUCUGCCUUUGCCGGAAUGACGCCCUUACAUUGUACUUCGAUUACGAAAGAUUAACUUUUAUGCUGGACAUGAAUUCGGUGGACAGCACUUUACUCAGCAUUAACCCUAAACCUAUCCUCCAAAAGGCAUGGGAUAAUUCACUACCAUCUGAUAACAUUAAGAGUUUGGCCUCAGUAGAGGACAUGGUCAUCUAG